UGAAACCGAACAAUUUCGAUGAAGCCACUCGGUGGGGGUCAAUUCCGCAGCGGCGUUCAAACGCAGCAAGACAUCUUUUGUCCAAGAGGAGUUGCCGUACUUCUUCAGCUGCGGCGAUUGUGUUCUGAAUGCGGUUCGGGCUAGUUUCGCUAGUUUGCGCUUUCUGCACUUGUACCAGGACGUACCGAAGCGAUAAUGCAAUGCAUAGUUGUAUUUCUGCAGUACUUAAAUGUACUACAAGAGUUUUUGUUCAAUGCUGUGUCAGGGACAAACUCGUCUAGGCGCACUUUGAAUCUUCUGGCGCUAGCCUAGCUUGCAAGCUAACAACGAGACGACAUCGGCCGUGACUGUAAAACUGAUAUGAUUAUCGCGUGGGAAUGUGCGCAAGAAGGUUAGCAGGGGACGAGGAGGAAUUUUGUGGAACCAAACCUGAGGACGAGCAACAACCUCAAGUCCUGGACGCUGUUCCGAGGCCUCCGCUUGUGUUACCCAGAACAGGCGACAGGGAAGGAGAUCUUCGCCCUGAGCAGCAGGAGCCAGAGCCCCCCUUCAUCAAAAAGGAGGAGCCAGAGAUGCCACACAUUAAAGAAGAAGAGCAGGAGGAUGAAAUCCUCAAGGUUCAUUUAACCGGGGUCAUCGUGAAGAAUGAAGAAGAUGACGACGAAUGCGACGGAGACCGCUGGGGAGGAUCCCAAGCAGACGGCCUCUUCGCUCCUCUUUCAGAUAGCGACGACAUAACAUCGCACUCUUCUGACCCCGAUUACGACGACGGUGAUGAUGUUCAUGAUCGUGCUAAUGGUGGCGAGAAACGCACGACAGGUGUAACGGAAUGCCACACCGACAGCAAACGUGUUCAAUGUUGUCACUGUGACAAAACCUUUGACAACAAUUCCGCAUUGAAGGCGCAUACGAGAACACACGUCGGAGAAAAACCUUUUGCUUGCUCAAUUUGUGGUCAAACAUUCAGUAGAAAGACACAUUUAAAAACACACGCAAGAACACACGCUGAGAAAAAAAAUUUUGUUUGUUCAGUUUGUGGUAAAAUAUUCUCCACAAAGGGAGCUUUAAAAAUACACGCAAGAGCGCACACUGGAGAAAAACCUUUCGGCUGCUUAGUGUGUGGGAAAAGAUUCUCUAUCAAGGAAAAUUUAAAAAUGCACACAAGAACACACACUGGAGAAAAACCUUUUGCCUGCUCAGUUUGUGGUAAAACAUUCACUCAGAAAGGAGGUUUAAGAAUACACAUGAGAACACACACUGGAGAAAAACCUUUUGCGUGUCCAGUUUGUGGGAAAAGCUGCACUAAUAAGUCAAACUUGACAAAGCACACAAUAACGCACACUGGAGAAAAGACGUUUGCCUGCUCAGUUUGUGGUAAAAGAUUCUCCUUGAAGGGAGAUUUGACAAAACACACAAGAACACACACCGGAGAGAAACCUUUUGUCUGCUCAGUUUGCGGCAAGAGAUUUGCUCAGAAGUCAAAUUUGACAAUGCACACAAAGAUCCACGCUGGUGAGAAACCAUUCGGUUGUAGUCUGUGUAAUAGAAGAUUCCAUGUCAAAUAUGACGUGAAGAGACACAAAUGUGCUGGUGGGCAGAGCGGCGCUCAGCUCAGUGAAUCUGCCGAAUAAACUGACGAAACCGAACUCAUUUCAUAUUGUCGCUAAUCACGAUACAGCAGAACCUCCGUUCACAAAUGUCCUGGUUUACAAACAAUUUUGUGCAUGUAUGAAAUGUUUCGAGAAGAAUUUCCUCAGGUUUUGCACAAACUUUGUAAAAAGCCUCAACACAGAUGUGGAAGGAUAACUUGUGCUUCUUCCUCCACUGUCCAAGUUUGGUUCUUAAUUUACCAUCUGUGUUAUUUUAUUCAGCAUUUUAAUAACUAUAAUUUGUAUAUAUAUAUUUUUGUCCACCAGCAAGCAAAUACCUUAUGUGCACACAAACCAAGAGACUUUGAAAAAAAAAAACAACUUUGUAUUUGGCUUACAUGGCGCUGCUCCGUGUCACGUGACCGGGAAACUUAUUAUAAGAGGAAGUCGACGGUCGCAGGAAUGAUACAGCAACUCCACAUAGACAAACUUACGUCUAAGCGUUCAUCCAAUUUUUUUGUACAAGGGUCAAAUUCCUUUUGAAUAAAAUUUUUAAAUGCCAUGAAUUGAAAAAUUUACAUUUAUCAAUUAAAAUUUACAAUGUUAGAGCAUGUAGAAAAUUUAACUAAAAACAAUGAGGCAAUACAUGAAUAAAAAUAUAUACAUACAAUAUUUGUUGAAUCCUGGUCUAUAACGGGAACCACAAACGGGUAAAGGCGCUCUGUACAAGCUAACACACUUGUCUUUUUUUCUAUUGUAAAUGAAGAAGACUCUAAAAAAGAACAGUUCCUAUAAACAGAGAUGUCUUGUUCUUUGUUCUUGUUGCGUUGUUCUUUGCUUUUUGUUUUGAAUGUCCAACUGGCGGAGAAGAAUUCCUUGUGCUAAUACACACUUGGCCCAAAAAGCUGAUUCUGGUUCUGAUUUGUGUCAGCUGGUUGACUCUCUACUACGUGCAGGAGUAAGCAUCUCUCAUGCAAUUAAUAUAAAGCAAAACUAGCAGUGGUCCGAGUACGCUUCCUUGGGGACCCUGUUGACAGCUGGUUUGCUUUCCUGCUAUCGACCUUUACUUCCUGAUGCCCGUCUGUCACAUAUGACGUAAACAACUCCAAAGCUGUCUCAUUCAUUCCUGCAUUCCUUUGCCCAAUGUGCACGUCGAACCCCACUUUUAAAUGUUCGCCUUUUCGUUACCGUCGCUCCUUCGAAAAUUGUCCCUCUCCCCUUUCCGUACUACGAGCACGCCGAUGAACUGAAGAACGAUGAAAUAAUGGAAAAGGAAAAAUAAUCCAGUCUGGUCCAGUGAAAUGCGAAGGAAUGAAGAAAAUUAGAGUUCUUUCGUACUGGAGCAUCGACACGGCGCCCCAUCACACCACAAGUGGGCCGAAAGUGCAUUUGUUGAAAUUCUGUUUCCGGAGAAACUCGUCUCGGCGCACCUCGGAGCUUGUGGAGCUAGCUUAGCUGGCUAGCGUGAUCGCUAACAAAGAGACGCCUUUGACAGCGACGUCUCCGGCGCAGAG